GUCGCGAAUUCAUGUGCAUCAAUUUUUCUUUUUCUUCUUUCUUCAGUACCACAUCGCAGAGGCUUCGAGAGCCCCAGCACGACUUUUCUAAUUGUAUUUCCAGCCUCAAUUGUUACCUGAGCGUUCCUGCUGUGCUUGUUCUCCCAAUACCCCGAGACAGUCAAGAGACUUCGCGUCUCGCACACUGUCGACUAAUCUCACCACCAUGGAUCAACAAAGAUUUCUAGAGCAGUUGGCCAUUGUCCUUGAUCCCAAGAAGGGCAAUGUCAAAACCGCCACCAAUGUUCUGCAAAAUGAGUUCUACAAGAACCCUCAGUCGUUGUUAUUCCUCAUUCAGUUAAUCAUCUCUCACGACAGCUCUGAGCUCAAACAACUUGCCGCGACGCAAGCCAGACCUCUAGUCUCCAAGCACUGGACGAAGAUUCCUCAAGAGCAGAGACAACAUGCCAGAAGCCAGUUGUUCUCAGCUACGCUUGCCGAACCCUCCUCCCUCGUCCGCCAUGCCUCCUCUCGGCUGAUCAGCUCCAUUGCCAAAAUCGACCUCGAGGAUGGUGAGUGGCCUGAAUUGCCAGGCAUGCUCCAGCAGGCUGCUACCAGUGCCAGCGCUGCUGAGCGUGCUGUUGGUGUCUAUGUGCUUUACAGCAUCCUGGAAACUAUGGGUGACGGCUUCAGUUCGAAAUUCAAAGAGUUGUUCGCCCUGUUUGGUAAAACGAUCAAAGAUCCAGAGUCCCUCGAGGUCAGAAUCAACACCAUGCUGGCUAUUUCCAAAAUGGCUCUGGUCAUUGAUGCAGACGAGGAUGAAUCAUCGAUAAAAGCCUUCCAGAACAUGUUUCCCGCUAUGGUCGCUGUCCUGAAAGACACGAUUGAUUCAGGCAAGGAAGAACAAGCCAUGUUGGCAUUUGAGGUCUUCAACACCCUUCUUACCGCCGAAUAUCAGCUCAUCUCCCAACACUUUCAAGACUUGGUUCGUUUCAUGAACGAAAUCGCUACCAAUACAAACAUGUCCGAUGAGACUCGCACGCAAGCCAUCAGCUUCCUAAUGCAAUGUGUGAUCUACAGACGCCUUAGAGUUCAAGGAGCCAAGAUGGGAGAGCCACUGACCAAGAGCAUGCUGCAAAUUGUCACUGAGAUCGACGACGCUUCUGCCGAUGACGACGAUAUUACUCCCGCUCGCUCUGCGCUUGGUUUGAUUGACACAAUGGCACAAAGCCUCCCAGCUAACCAAGUUCUGGUACCGCUGCUUGAUGCCCUUCCUCAGUACUCAAAGAGCUCUGAUCCCAAGCAUCGUCAAGCAGGUAUCUUGGCCCUCGGCAUGGCUGUGGAAGGGGCUCCCGACUUUCUCAGCACUCAGCUGCCAUCCGUUCUCCCUACCCUGUUCACCCUGCUGGAGGACUCCGAAGUGACUGUUCGUCAGGCUGCGCUGCAGACGACCGCACGAUUGGCAGACGACCUGCCAGAAGACAUCACCAAGCAGCAUGAGAAGCUUAUGCCUUUGCUUGUCAAGAACCUUACGGCCGCCAUGGGGGCAUUCAAGGGUGAGGAGGAAGGUCCCACGGUUGACAUCAUGAAGUCUGCGACCAGCGCUAUCGACGCUGUCGUCGAUGGUAUGGAUGCCCAGGAUGCUGUGCAGUAUCUGGAUAAAUUGGCUCCUCUACUUCAACGUCUCUUCAAGCAUCCCGAUUUCAAGAUCAAAGCCUUGGCUGCUGGUGCACUUGGUUCGUUGGCUUCGACCGUCGAAGGGCCUUUCCUGCCAUACCUCAACGACUCCAUGCACGCGAUGCAAGAAUACAUUACCAAAAAAGAGAGCGAAGAAGAGCUCGACUUGCGUGCAAGUUGCACUGACGCUAUGGGUGAGAUGGCCGUUGCUGUUGGUGCGACUGAAUUCAAAGACUAUGUCCAGCCUUUGAUGCAAACCAGCGAAGAGGCUCUUCACCUGGAACACUCUCGUCUCAAGGAAAGCACAUACAUCCUCUGGGGUUCGUUGGCUAAGGUGUACGAGGAAGACUUUGCUCCAUUCCUUGGUGGAGUGGUGCACGGCUUGUUCGCCUGUAUCGAUCAAGAAGAGGCUGACCUUGAGGUUGCGCUUGGAGAUAGUGCAAAGGACCUACUGGGCAAGGAAGUGACCAUCGCUGGCCAGAAGGUCAAGGUGGCUGCAGCCGACAGCGACGAUGAGCCUGAAGAUGGAACCAUUGAGGACGUCGAGAUUGGUGAUGACGACGACAGUGAUUGGGGCGAUCUGGCUACCGUUACCCCCAUUGCUUUGGAGAAGGAAAUUGCUAUUGAAGUCAUCGGCGAUGUCGUGUCCAACACCAAAACAGCAUUUCUGCCAUACUUUGAGAAGACCAUCGAGAAGUUGUUGCCAUUGGCAGAACAUUCCUACGAAAAUGUCCGAAAAGCCACCAUUAGCACCUUGCAUCGAGCAUAUGCCGCUCUGUACGACGUCUCCGAGGAGUCUGGCCAGAUUCAGAAAUGGAAGCCCGGUCUUCCAGUGCAAGUUGAGCCUACCCAGGAAUUGAAGAAAUUCGGAGAACUCUUGAUGACUGCUACGUUGAAUGUGUGGACCGAGGAGGAUGACACUGCCACCGUCACGGAGACCUCGCGGGCUCUGUCAGAGAACCUCAAACUCACUGGUCCAUCCCUCCUCUCUUACCCAGACUGCCUGUCUCAGAUCGUUCAGACUGUCACGGCCCUGAUCACCAAGAAACAUCCAUGCCAGCUUGACAUGGAUGAAUUGGAUGAGGAAGAUAUGGAAUCCACAGAACUAGAAUGGCUUGUCGUUGAUAGUGCAAUGGACGUCAUCUCCGGACUCGCCGCAGCGCUGGGCCCUAGCUUCGGCGAACUCUGGAAAAUUUUCGAGAAGCAAGUCUAUCGGUAUGCGAGCGGCGGUGAAUCUCUCGGCCGUGCGUCUGCCUGCGGUGUGCUCGCAGAGAUCAUCACCGGCAUGGACGCUUCAGUCACACCAUACACUUCGCAAAUGAUGAACGUCUUGCUUAAGCGCCUCGGUGACGAGGAUGCCCAGACAAAGUCCAACGCGGCAUACGCCGUCGGCCGUCUUGUCGAGAAGUCCAACGACGACGCCACCGUGCUCAAGGCAUAUCCCCAGAUUCUUCAGAAACUCGAGACAAUCCUGCACAUCACCGAGGCUAGGUGCACAGACAAUGCCGCAGGUUGUGUCGCACGCUUAAUCCUCAAACACAAGGACAAGGUGCCCGUGUCGCAAGUUCUGCCUGUCUUGGUGGACAGCGGCAUCUUGCCUCUCACCGAAGAUUACCAGGAGAACGAGCCCGUGUGGAAGAUGAUCGUGCAGCUCUACCGUGAUCAAGACUCUACGGUUCAGCAACUCACGCCGAAGUUGGCUCCAAUCAUGAUGAGCGUGCUAGGCGAUCCCGAGGACCAACUCACCGACGAAGUGAGGGAACAAGUUCAGGCUCUCGUCGAGCACCUGAAGAGUAUCCACUAGACAUUUUCUUCAGCGUCACGCGCACCGAACAUACGUCUGGGGUUUGUAGACGUCCAGGUGAAUUUGGGUUAUUGGCUUGAAUUUUGCUCAGGGGGAAACGAGUGAUGAUUUUAUGAUGCUUGCGAGCUCCGACGGGUAUGGACAUGCCACGCACAUGAACGUGGCGCAUACGAAACUUACGAAAAGGGGAUGGAUGGUUGGUGAGACAAACACAAUGCAACGGCACGGUCAGUGGGUUGCAACGCAUAGUCAUAGCUGACGGGAUGAAUGAAGUCGAUGAAAACAAGAAUGAGACGAAUUGAGAAGAGUUUCCAAAGGGGGUUUCCCCCGUGCUUUACAACGAC